AUGUCUGCCAGAAAACGCAAGUUUAACAGUCUCAAACCGCUAGACACUUUGAAUAGCCCUCGCGCUCGAUCUCCAAGGCCCUCUGCUUCUUUGCCCCCCAAGCGGUACAACACUUUCCGUAAAGACCCCAAGAUAGUCGAUCAUCUUAAUAAUGCCUCCACCAAGGAUUUCUUACCCAUUCUACACACCAGCACUGAAAACAGGAGGCAGGUCGAACUGUCCGACAACGACGAAGGCAACAGUGGGCCUUCAGACCGGGAGUUCGAGCCUUUGGAAAGCUCUCCCUUGAAAAGGCACUCGGCGCUCAAAAGCACUUCGAAUGGUCUUUUAUUUCAGAUGUCAAAUAGUAUUAAUGACGCCGCCGCAGCAGCAGCAACAACAACAGCAACAACAACAAUCCUUUCUGAAAGUGACUCCAUUGUUUCUACAAAACUAAACCUAAACGGCCAGUUUUCUUGUAUUGAUUCGAAUACAUUUCAAAUCUACCGGCAUAAAUCUCCAUGCAUAAUGACUUUCAUUUCGGAUCAUAACCAUCCCAGAUUUUCUUUAUAUUUCCAACAAUUGCUCAUCAAGAACUCACAGAUCAACCUUCUUGAAGAUACGAAGUUGAUCAUUCUAGAUCAAAAAAACUCUUUAAUGGCUGUGAUUCUAAAGGAUUCAAAAAAAAUUAAUAUGACAUUGAAUGUAAAUAAUUCUUCAGUCAAUAUCAACACGAGAGUCUUGAUAUGGUCCAACACUAGCUCCAAUUCGAAUAAAAGAAUAAAAUCCAUUAAGAGGUUUUUGUUAGCGUCUUAUGCCUCGACAAUAAACGUUCAAAUCUUAGAUAAUAAAGAACAGAUUCUAGAACGGCUAAAUGGUUUAGCGCACUCGACCUCUUCAUCUCCACCGCCUUCUCCGCCUUCAUCAAACAUGGAAAGGGCAAUCAAUUCCACCAAAAGUGCAUUCGAUUCGCUAAGGCUCAAAAAACCCAAAUUCUCGAACAAUGAUGAUGACCAUCCGCAGACUCACACGCGUUUCUUAUCGAACAAACCCCAUGGUUUACAAUCCCUAACAAAACGGGCGCGUGUCACGAAUGUUGCUAGCAAAGAUCAUUCCAUAUCUAUACCAAAAUCGAAUAUUUCGCCCCUAGAUUUUUACAACAGUGGUUCAGCGAAUACGUUGCAAUCACAUACGGUUUCUCAAUUAAGACGAUCUAAUAGAAUUAAAGAUGUUUUGCAGUCGGACUCAAAUUCAAACUCAAACACAGAAAUCGACGAUACUAUUGCAGAAUUUGAAACUCCAGAGCCAUUUAAGCCUAAUCUCUGCUAUAAGUUCAAUGAUGGUUCAAGUUACACUAUAACAAACCAAGAUUUCAAGUGUCUUUUCAACAAUGACUGGAUCAAUGAUAGUAUCUUGGAUUUCUUCACUAAACUUUACAUUGAAUCGUCCAUAGAAAAUUCAAUCAUCAAGCGAGAACAAGUUUAUUUAAUGUCUUCUUUUUUUUACACGAAACUAAUAAGUAAUCCAGCAGAUUAUUAUUCCAACGUGAAAAAAUGGGUUAAUAAUACCGAUCUGUUUUCUAAAAAAUAUGUUGUCAUUCCAAUUAAUAUAAGUUGUCAUUGGUUCAGUUGCAUUGUGACUAAUUUGGACGCGAUCUUAGAUUUCCAUCAAAAUAAAGAUAAAAACGAAGCCAUCAAUUCGGACGAAAUUUCGAUCAAUAACCCACUGGUUAAUAUCCUGACUUUCGAUUCUUUAAGACAAACCCAUUCAAGAGAAAUUGAUCCAAUAAAGGAAUUUCUUAUAUCAUAUGCAUUUGAUAAAUACUCAAUUCAAUUAGAUAAAACUCAAAUCAAGAUGAAAACCUGCCCAGUCCCACAACAACCUAAUAUGAGUGAUUGUGGUGUGCAUGUUAUUUUGAAUAUCAAAAAAUUUUUCGAGAACCCCAUGGAAACAAUUGACAUCUGGAAAAAUUCAAAGAUUAAAAGCAAACAUUUCACCGCAAAACUAAUCAACAAAUACUUUAAUAAAAGUGAAAGAGGUAAUGCAAGGAAAGACUUGAGACAUACUCUAAAGCUGUUGCAAUUGAACUACAUAGGAUAUUUGAAACGUGAGAACCUGUAUGAUGAAACUAUGAAAAAUGAGGAGAAAAAAUCCUCUAAUACCGAUAAUGAUGACGAUGACGAUGAAGAAAUUCAAAUUAUUGAGAAUAUAAAUCAGCAAUCCAGUAAGGAAAAUAACGCUCAGUUAACAUCAGAAGCUCCCAGUCCCGAGGCUACCCAAUCACCGCCACCGGGUGUAAACAAUCCCACCACUAAAACGGAAGCGACGAAUCUGACAAGAUCGGAAAAUGUAGUUGACCAGGAAAUGGAACCGCAAUCAACAGGCGAAAUAAUAUCCGAUGGGGAAGGCUCUGUGCCCGCUGCUAGGGAAACCCCAUCGGUUUCUCCUAUCAUCCGCCAUAAUAUUCUACAAAGUUCGUCACCUUCGAUGCCUGAAAGUGCAAGUAAAGCGGAACAAGAAGAGUUUACAUCACCCUACUUUGGAAGGCCUUCUUUAAAGACAAGAGCAAAGCAGUUUGAAGGGAUUUCGUCACCAAUAAGGACCGGUCAAGCUCAGUCAUCCAUCCACGAUGUAACUAUACCAUCGCCUCGACCAAAAAGGAUUUACCCAAGCAAAAAAACCCCAACAUUGUCACCGUAUAUUCAAACCCUCUCCGCAGAUUCUGCGGAUCGUCCUUCUGAAAUUUACAAUGCCAAUAUUAUUAUCUCAGAUACAGAACAAGAUUUGGAAACUGGACUAAAUUUCCAGAACAAUGAUACUAGUGGUAUUACUAAUAAGGAUGACUCAGACGUGAAUCUGAUUGUCGGUUUGUUGCCAACUACUUCAGAGAAAAUUGCCGAUAAUAGCAAUCAAGAUAGUAAUGGUAAUAACGACAGUCUUGGAAAAAUAUUGCAGAACGUUGAUAAAGAACUAAACGAAAGAUUGGUUGACAUUGAUGACAUGGCAUAUAAUAAACCCACCGGGGAUCUUUCAAGAGCUAGCAAAAGGAGAAAGGAACCAAGUCCACAACUUCUUCUGGAUUAUGAAAAUGACAGUAGUAACGAGGAAGUGAUGGUGCACAUAAGCGAGCGAAAUGAUAAUGACAGCAAUAAUCGAUCCCCGAAUAGUGUUCAGGAUGAAAGAGGAGAGACCCAUAUACUCUUAGAAGACGACGCUUAA